AAAGCUGUGUAAAGUUCCACUCAAAGGAACCUGGGUGUAUUCACCUAAAAAUGGCGGAGCAGUAUAGUAGUUAAAUUAAUUAGUGAUAACCAAGACAUAUUUGAUUAAAAGUGCGUAUGUUAAUGCGGACUAUAAUUGAAUUCGUUGAGUAGCCGUGUGAUAAGACUAUUGUGUUACCAAACCACGCUUCUGUACGUUUACCUGAGGAUUUUUCCGGGUAAUUUAAGAUCAUUUACACAUAUACCAACUCUUUACAAACUGGUAUACACGCCCUAGAGAGAGAGGGACACUGUAAUAAGUUUCCGUAUAAUCUGCCAAUGGAUUGAUUAACCAGUUCCUAAAUGGCUACUGCACUCAAUGGAACCAAGGCUGCCAAGCAUGUAAGCCAAAUAUCCGUGGGUGGAUCAGCUGCCCCUAAAAAGAAGGAAUCCCUGCCAUCCACGCCAGCGUUUGGGGGAGACGAGAGACAUUUUAACUUAGCCGUGAUUAAUGGGGAAGACACUCAGGUCAAACAACCAAGGAAUGGCGAGAAUGGGGAGGAAGAACUCGAUCCAAAGUUUGGAAAAGCGACUUUGUCAAAAUCAGCCCCAGUUGCAGACGUAGUGAGAGAACGUCUUACAAGUGAAAUACAACCACCAAAUCAAGACGAACUCGCCAAUGGUAACGGAAACCAUGAAGCCGGACCGCCGUCCAGUGACUCCACGACAUCAGAUGAGAGAUCUUCUCACAGUUCCACACAAGAUUUCCCAGAACCAUCAGGUUCGGCGACCAGCUGGACGAUCUUCGCACAGUCCUACUUCCAGGUUAAAGGCUCCCAUACAUACCUUUGCUCAGCUUUGCAACAACCACUACUUCCAAAAAAAGACAAGGCAGAAAUACUGGCAUCCCUUGCAUCUUGGGUAACUAUUUUAAGAAUCAUGGGAGAUCUUCCGGAAUCUGAUCAAGGGGAGAGCAUAGAUGUGGCUGGGAGUGCACCCCCAAUUAUAAGUCAAGUGAAGCAGAGUUUUCAUAAGAAAUACACAAAGCGUGAUGUUGACGAGGCUUACAAGAAAUACUCGGAGCUGUUUAAGGAUCCUUCACACUCUGAAGUUCGCAAUUUACCAUUUCUGUCCGAGAGGGUUAGCUCUAUUCUGGAAAAAGUCCAGUAUGUCUGUGCUGUUGGAAUCUACAAACCAGAAUUAAGAGACGAGAUUUUUUGCCAAGUUUGUAAACAGCUGACCAAUAAUCCCUCUCGGAACAGCACAGUUCGAGGCUGGGUUCUUCUGCAUCUAUUGGCGGGUUGUUUCACGCCCACAGAAAAAUUUUUCCCAUGUUUCCUUCAUUUCCUCAGAGAAUCGUCUCCUAUAUUUGCAUGUCGGGUUGAGCGUCUUGUUCGAAGAACUGCCAUAGUGGGAACAAGGGGAUAUCCGCCCAGUUGGCUCGAAUUCCAGGCUUCCAAGAACAGCAAACCUAUACUAAUUCCCAUGUCUAUGAUGAAUGGACAACGGUUGAUAGUAGAGGCAGAUUCAGCUUCUUCUGUUCAAGAACUAGCCAUGCAAAUCUGUCAUAAAGCCGGCUUAAAGGAUUCAUCAGGGUUUUCCAUAUACAUCACGCUCAUGCAACGUAUUUCAUGUCUUGGAAAUGGUCUCCACCGUGUUAUGGAUGCUGUGGCAGAAUGUGAACAACACACACGACAAAUGGGCAUGCGUGAAAGUAGUUCAACAUGGCGGUUAUAUUUCCGAAAGGAAUACUUUGUUCCAUGGCAUAAUCCAAAAGAUGAUCCAGAAGCUACAGAUCUGAUUUAUCAACAAAUUAUGCGUGGAGUCUCCGUUGGCGAAUACAAAUGUGAAAAGGAUGAAGAUAUGGCAAAAUUAGCAGCCCAACGUUAUUUCAUUGAAAAUCCAGGAACUGUGGACACAACAAAACUACAGACAUUUUUAACAAGUUGGCUUCCAGAAUCCAAUAAGAAAACCAUAGACUUACCAUAUUGGACAACAAAAGUAAUGGAAGUGUUACAAAAUGACAUAACGAAAGACCGCAAUAAAGUUCGGGAACUCAAAUGUGAUGUAGUGAAUUUUGCAAAGGAAAAGUGGCAUUCUGUAUUUUCACGAUUUUAUGACGCUAGCAAAAUUCAAAAUGCUACAAUGACAUGGCAUAAUGUAAUUCUUGGACUGAAUAGUAAAGGGUUACAAAUUCUUGAUGAGGAAGAGGACGUCAAAAGUUCCAUUUCAUUUAUAGAAAUCACAGAUGUCUUUAAAGGAAGGCACUCCGUUACCAUUAGUACCCUUCGCUCUGAGGACUUUGUGGUCAAUUCUAAUCAUGCUGACGAUCUUUACUUGUUGGUCAAUACGUUCAUGGAUGGUCUACGACGAAGGUCAAAGUACGGAAUCGCUGUCCAGGAUUCCACGCAAAUCGAGGGUGCAAUAGGAGUAAGCCUUACCAAGGGCGACCUGGUUGAACUGGAGCAACCUUAUGAACAUUUUAUGAAUGAAGAUGUAUACAGCGCCACCUGUGUUAGAACAGGAAAACUCACAAUGAUGCCAAGGGACUUAAUAUACGUCAUCCCAACUGUCGAUUGUCCAGCUCACGAUACCUUAGGCAUGUUAACUGUACAAUUACGCAAAGAUCCUAGUGUUUUCCCCACCCAUCGUUGUGUUCAGCGAGAGCAUACGUUACAAAUGUACUCAAAACUUCAUUUUAGACAUAGCAGCGAUAAUGCGGUUACCAAGUUUUUAUCCAAAGCUUCAUUUAAAUCCUCCAAGAAAGAGAAAUCACAAACAAACUGGCAAUUUCAAAAGGAACCAAUCAAAAAGCCGCUACUAAGAAGAACUCAUCUUAGGGAGGAGCUUAGAAGAGCCAGUUGUAGAAGUUUUCUUGCUAUUCAGCAGUACAUGGGGGACAGCCCAAUUCCUGACCAGAUGUCGGAAAUGGAAUUAUCCAAUGAAAACAUUAUAGAACCAGCCAUGAGAAGUAGACACAUGCGCGAUGAAAUAUACUGCCAAAUUGUCAAACAGCUUACAAAUAACCCAAAUAAGUCUGGUGAGGAUAAAGGCUGGCGACUACUUUAUCUUCUUUGUACAUGUGCAGUGCCAAGUUCAGAACUUUAUGAUGAAUGCGAACAAUUCAUGAGAGGGUGUACACAUCACUUAGCCCAGAAAUGUCUGAAAAGACUUAACCUCACUAAAUCAGACGGAGCACGGCAGUACCCACCACAUCCAAUGGAACACGUUGCCAUGACAAAUAAAAGUAAUACAAUCAAAAUCACCAUAGGUUUCCCAUUCCAACAACAGCAGGACUUUGACGUGGAGGUCAGUUGCCGAGUGGCGGAUGUCAAACGUCAGGUUAUGGACAAAUUCGAUCUGGACGCUCCAGAGGAGUAUGGACUCUGCUUCGGCCUCAAAGACCGAGUGAUAAGUGCUCCGGAUGGGGAGUACUUUUUGGACUCUUUGACGAACGUCGAGAUCUUCUGGGCAAAACAAAUGAGAUCACAGCGAUCAAGUGUGACGGAAACCACUACAGGGUCUCCUAAUUUCACUGCCCCUACUGCUGUUCACGUAUUCUUUUUGAAGAAACUCUGGGUGAACGCUGUACCCGGUAAAAAUAGGAAUGCGGACUCAAUGUUUCAUUUCCCACAGGAGGUUCCAAAUUAUCUGCGUGGUUACCAUAAUUGCUCUGACAAGGAUGCUGGACGUCUAGCAGCCUUUAUUUACAGAGCUCAGUUUGGAGACGAUGUAACUGCUUUAUCUGAUUUUGAAGCGAAUAUGAAGGCGUUAAUACCUCACCCACUUCUAGAAAAGAAAACCCCGAACGAGUGGAAACAGAUUGUGAAAGAGGAAAUUAGCAAAACUAAAGGAGCAAACUCAAACGAUGCCAAGCUAGCUUUCCUCAACAUCAUACACCAGUGGCCAACUUACGGUUCAGUGUUCUUCACCGUCAAGCAAAGAUCCAUGAAGGCAUAUCCCAAGAACGUUUUGUUUGCAGUCAAUGUUAAUGGGGUUAUGUUUCUGGAUGUUACUUCGAAGAAUAUUCUUGCCAAAUACGAGUACAGCGAGAUACCAAAUUGGGCCUUUGACGAACAAUCCUUUACACUGAUAGUAGGAGAGGGUCAAAGUUCAAACAAGAUUUACAUGGAAACCAAUCUAGGACAUAAUAUGGAUGAUAUAAUUAUGUCGUAUGUAGCCUGGAUGAUGAAUACACAUAUACAGAAGCGGCCAUCUUAUGCUGGUGUAACUGUGGAUGAUGCUAUUCAAGAUAAAGAUGGCCUGAAAGCUGGUGAUUUGUUGUGCUUUGAGCAUCCACAUGUUGCCAACCCCAGACUUCAGCUGGAAAGACCAGAGUCAGCGGUACAGAGGGUGUUUGAUACUCCAUUAGAUGAACUUGUAGCUGCUCACAUUAGAUGCUGUUGGGCAGUAGGUAACCAUGAUUUUAUAGAAGCUUAUGGAUGCCAGGCAGUUGUUUGUAGAGCUUUUACCAAGUUUUUUCAAAGCCAAAAAGAUGAGAACUGGUCAUUACCUAUCAUGUUUGCUGUAUGUCUGGAUCUGAGGUUAUUUGCUAAUUCAGCUGAUGCACAGGCACAGAAAAAAGGUAGGGGUAAGGCCGGAGAAAGACUAGAGAAGGCCGCAGAGCUUCUGAUGGGCUGCUUCAGGGUCUGUGCUGCAGACAAUCGAGCUUCUGUUGAGGACACAAAGAAAUGGGGAAUGUUGAAUAUUGUUAAUCAGCUGUUUAAAGUUUACUUCAAGAUAAAUAAGUUACACCUCUGUAAACCCUUGAUCCGUGCUAUUGACAGUCUACCAUUGAAGGACAGAUUCCCUCUUGCCCAACAAGUCACUUACAGAUAUUAUGUUGGGAGAAAAGCUAUGUUUGACAGUGACUUCAAAAGUGCUGAUGAAUUCCUCACAUUUGCCUUUACAAGAUGUCACAGAUUGAGUAGAAAGAACAAAAGAAUGACCCUUAUAUAUCUCCUUCCUGUUAAAAUGCUGUUAGGAUACAUGCCGUCGCAGAGAGUGUUGAAGAAAUAUGAUCUGUUACAGUUUGCAGAAGUUGCACAAGCUGUUAGUUCAGGAAAUCUUCUCUCACUAAAUAAUGCUUUAGAGAAAAAUGAAGCAUUCUUCAUCAAAUGUGGCAUCUAUCUCAUCUUAGAGAAACUCAAGAUCAUCACAUAUCGCAACCUCUUUAAGAAAGUUUAUCUCAUACUGAAUACCCAUCAGCUCCCCAUUGAUGCAUUUACUACAGCACUGAGAAUGAUGAAGGUUGAUGAUAUUGACAAUGAUGAGACAGCAUGUAUAAUUGCCAAUCUGAUAUAUGAGAACAAAAUCAAAGGCUACAUUUCCCAUCAGCACCAGAAGUUAGUGGUCAGCAAGCAGAAUGCUUUCCCUAAACUAUCAACUGUUCUUUGAAGUCAAAAGUGUUCCGGUCCAUGAUUAGACUUGGGAAUCAGAUAAUUUCAGCCAAUUUCUAGAAUUGUCAUGUGGAGUAACCUGUUCUAGAAAUGUUGAUAAUGUUUUGGAAAACAGUUUUUAAUGUUGUCAAUAUAAUAAAGUCUUACUGUUGGGUAAUAAAAGAGAUCUGAAGAUAUUCCUGAGGAAUUAAGGCUUUGGAGUUGAAACAUGCAUGCAUUGUGCAAUAGAGAAACUGUUGUUGUAAAUUCUGUUCAUUCUGUUGCAGCAGAACAAUAAAGGUGUCAUUAAGGUUUAA